AUGGGGUGGGGGUGGGCGAGAGUGGGGCCUCGGAUCUAGCUACCAGGCCGUCCUGGGCACUGCAGGAGGCAACAUGACUUAGGCCUCUGCAGGGCUGCUCCUGCAACUGGCCCGGCCCUCUCCCCAGGUGCACCAGCCAUGAUGCAGCAGCCGAGAGUGGACACAGAUACCAUCGGGGCCGGCGAGGGGCUGCAACCUGUGACGCCCUGGUCGGCCUGGGUCUCUCGGCAGGGUUGGGUGCGCUGGUGGGCAUGCCGUGUGCCUCGGAGCUGGGCCCGAUGGUGGACCACAUCCAGCUGGCGACAACCACUGCAGCGUGUGCUGUGGUGUCUUGAGGGCAUGCUUUACCUGCUGCUGGCACUGAUGCUGUGCCAUGCACUCUUCACCACUGGCUCCCACCUGCUGAGCAGCUUGUGGCCCGUCGUGGCUGCAGCGUGGCGCCACCUGUUGCCUGCCAUCCUGCUGCUGGUGCUCAGUGCCCUCCCCGCCAUGCUCUUCACCGCCUCCUUCCUGCUGCUUUUCUCCACACUGCUGAGCCUCGUGGGCCUCCUCGCCUCCAUGUCUCACCCUGGCCGGACUCAGGACUUGGACCAAUAG